AUGCGCUUUGCAGUCUCUAUUCAACCACCAAAAGCGUCCGGCACAGAUUUUCACGACCAAAUANAAAAAGUCAUCUCACACAUCUUUGAGCCACAUGUGGAUCGCUACCUUACAGAGGAGCUGGAAUACUUUACGUCCAAGUGCAAUGACGAAGUUGGUGCCUGGGAGAAGCAACUCUCGGACCAAGAGGCAGAGACUGAAUCCUUCUUCAUGUCUGGCGUGAACAGACAAGCAGCGAAGCGCGAUUUCUUGUCUUCGUUCAGAAAAGUGGUGAUGAUGCCGGUCAACGCCUUGCCGACCUUCCCAUCUGCAAACAAGGCCACACCUGUUGUUGCGACCCCUGGCACAGAACAGACCUCGCGACCAGAGACACCAGAUACUCCAGCAACACCCAGACCGGCACCGACAACAGAGCUGGCAGCCAAGACUGCCAUUAUGAACUCACGACUCGAGGGUAUCAAGUCUUUGUUCAGCAUAGAGGUAGCGUUGAGCUUGAUCCACCAUGCCAAAGCUUCUAUCGAGCGAGCCGCAAUUUUCAUCCGCAUGGGUGACAAAUACGCCACGUUAACGAAGGAGCAGUGCGACAAGAUCUUCGUCAAUCUUUUGGAAAUCCUUGGUCGACGACACAUCCAAACUGGCUUUGACAAGGCAGUAGGCCAUUUGAGCAGCUACAACNCCCGCGCCGUCAAGGAGUUCCGCUCGGGGCAGACAGAAAAGGAAGGAGCGAUUGGUGGAGUUGAGCCACUAGUCACUUUCCUCGAACUUGUAAACGUCGGAGAUUUGAUUCAGCAAAUGGUCGAUGUCUUUUACAUGCAAGAGCUGGUCACACCUGGCCUGACCGACCGUGAUGAUUUCCUCAACCCUGCCGUCAAGGAGAAGAAACGCUUCGAACAGAUGUUAGACGAGCGUGUGGCAGCAGGCAUGGGCAAAGGCAUCGACGUCCUCAUGGAUGAAGUCGAAUACAUGUGUGCGACCCUCCAACUCACCUCCGAUUUCAACACCGAUGCUGUGGAUGCCAAAAACCUGACAGCAAUCGACAAACGCGCAAGCAUGAUGGGUCUUGUCGACAUUGGGCCUACGGAAACGGCUAAACGUGUGGUCGAUACCAUUCAACAACACACCGGCAUGCUAGUCGGAAGUACGGAUAAGAACAUGCUGGAUGUGUUCAACCAGGAAGUCGGGCUGAGAUUGUUCGGUGUGCUGUGCAAGCACAUCAAACGUCAACGCAUCAGUGCCGACGGAGCGAUAAAGCUGAUCAGGUAUGUUUUGCUCCUUUUGUUCUCUGCACCCCAUCAUCUCCUAACACUUUACCNNAGUGACAUCAACCUCUACAGCUCCUUCAUCACUUCCCUGCGCCAAAAAUCCCUGUUACCUUAUUACUCUGCCCUCCGCGAACUCUCUCAGAUCUACCUCGUCGACUGCGGUGGCGGCAAUGACAAGACGUCAACAUCCAUCUUCUCAACCUCUGCUUCUUCGACAACGCGAAUGGCGCGCUGCAAGGAAUUGGCAACCAUCAUCGCGGACAAUGACAGAUAUCAUGGCAUCUUCCGCGCAGAAGAGGUUUACGAGUUUGCAGAGCGGAGGGCGGAUUGGUAUGCCGUCAAGAGAGAUGUCGAGAGGGCCAUGUAUGGUAUCGGGUGUAUUGUCAUGUAA